CUGCACUACACGUUGGCCAAACAUUCUUGAAGACUGGCCGAAAUAUUUAUGAGCGUCCGGACAGCUAGCCAAUCAAAUAACAAAUUUUUGUUCAAAACCUUCACGUUGUCCAUGCGAGGAAGGAUGCUGCUAAAUGUGAUAUUUUCUGUCAAUCUGAGUUGAAUAAAUUUCGAACGACAGUUACAAGCCUUGCGUAGAAAGAAUUGGCUUAGUGACACGUGGACUGAAAUAUUCCUACAGCAUGAGGAUACUGAGGAAGCUAUUUACACGCACAACAUGAGGAUAUUCAGGAAGCUGUUUACACCCACAACAUGAGAAUAUUCAGGAAGCUCUUAAGCGGCGCUCAAGGAGAAGAUGGUACAAACCUUCGACACCAGGUGGUUAUGGAUGAUAUGUCUACGAAGUUAGAUAGAAGAUUAAGCUUCAUUAGCGGAGAGAAACGGGGAACAUCGAAAGUGGAGUUGGUUAAGCAGGAAGGCACGAAUUUAGGACUGAUUAUCACGGGUGGAAUUGACGAAGACUCUCGACCGAAAAUAGCCAACUUCAGACCUGGAAGCAUUGCACAUAGGAGUGACGCUCUGGCAGUUGGAGACUACUUAAUCUCUGUAAACGGGAUUCGUACCAACAAUCUUUGUCAUGACGAAAUCGUAAAUCUACUGAUGAACGCUGGAGAUACGGUUACUCUAGAGGUAGAGUACGAAAACCCGAUUGCAACUGAAGAAGCUAUGUGUGUACUGCCAAAGGUUAUCCAGAUAACUUUAGAGAAAGAAAAUGGGAGUUUCGGCUUCACGCUGAGAGGUGGCGCGUGUUCUGACAGACUGAAGUCGAGACCUCUCAAGAUCACACAUGUGCGACCAGGAGGUCCUACAGAUAGAGAAGGAACGAUCAAAGCAGGAGACCGUUUAUUGGCUGCUGAGAAUAUAAACUUAGGAAAUGCUACCCUACAGGAGGCGCUAGCAGCGCUGAAAAAACUUGAUGGGAAAGUCUUGUUUACUGUAGAGUAUGACGUAUCCGUUAUGGACGCAGUGUGUAAUGCUUCUGGCCCUCUCUUGGUGGAAAUUGACAAGUCUCCAGGCACAGAACUAGGAAUAACGCUUACUCAGAUGUAUAGACCAGAAAGUCUUAUUGUCAUUGAAAGUAUAAAACAAGCAAGUAUAGCAGAAAGGUGUGGGGCGCUUCAUGCUGGGGACCAUAUACUGGCUAUUGAUGGAACAAGAAUUGACCAGAUGACAGUUGCUGAGGCUUCCCAACUUCUUAAGGCUUCUCUUAAGGAAGUCAUUAAGUUGGAAAUUUUUCCUAUUAGUCAAAUCCUCAGCCACAAAGUUCCAGAGCACAACCCUCUUAAAGCUUUUUCAGGUCCGGUAAGUGUAGGACAGUUUUGGUCAAAGCUCAACUAUAAUCGUUUAUCGUCUACUGGAAGUCGUUCACCUAUUUCGUCCAGAAAACCUCUACUUCCUCUUCUUCAGCCUUCACUACAAGGAAGGUUAGGUCGACAGUUGAGCCAAGGAAGAUAUUUACAGCAGUCUGUUCCAUCGUCUAAUGCAUGUGCAUCGUCGAGUUUAACGAGAUGGGCGCCACCUACAGGUCGACUUAGCCAUACAGAAACGACCGCUGUUACGAUUCAAGCUGACCUCCGUGGGUUUGGGUUUGCUCUGCAAGGAGUGUCUUACACAAGAGAGGUAUCUUCUUCACCAAUCAUCACGGGGAUGGAUCCUGGAGGCCCUGCUGAAAGGACUGGAGUCCUACACGUUGGAGAUCGAGUGCUGGCAGUUAAUGGUCUCUCCACUCAAGGUCGAACUGUGGAAGAAGUCACCAAAUUACUCCAGCGUUCUCGCCCAAGGAUCACCUUGGAUAUUGAGUUUGAUGUAGCCGAAGCUGUAGUACCCAGCAGUGGAACAUUCACGGUAAAACUAGCUAAGUCAGGAGGCGGCUUGGGGAUAAUGAUCACAGCUCCAAAAAAUCGACAACAAGGAGAACCUCUGAUAAUCUCGGAUAUAAAGAAAGGAAGUGUGGCCCAUCGAACAGGGACUCUUCAGCCAGGAGACAAACUGCUGGCCAUAGACUCAGUGAGGAUGGAUAACUGCACUCUGGAUGAUGCUUCUGAAAUCAUGAAAGCUUGUGAUCAGGUUGUCAAACUAAGAAUCCGUAAAGACGAAACCUUUUCUGAAGAACCAGAUGCAUCAGGAAGUGUUGUGUAUACUGUGGAAUUAGUGCGUCACGGAGGACCACUAGGCAUAACUAUCUCAGGAACGGAAGAGCCUUUCGAACCCAUUGUCAUCUCGGGGCUAACAAGUGAUGGAUUGGCUGAGAAAACCGGAGCUAUCCACGUGGGAGAUCGACUCCUAGCUAUCAACGGCCAAAGUCUAAGAGGAAAACCUUUGAGUGAGGCUAUUCUGAUGCUACAGAACUCUGGAGAUGUAGUUACUCUAAAAAUAUCCAAAACUCCAUCUCAGAAUCGAGAAGAGGAGAGCAAGAUAGAAAGGGAAGAGCAAACCCAAGAAAGGGACGCUUACAUAAACAUUGUAAGCAAGACUCUUCCAAGUGUGGACAGCGCUGUUGAAUCGUGGGGUAGUUCAGGUCUGGAGAUUUCUAUCAACAGAGCAGGAUACAACUAUGAAAACCAGGAAUGUUACAGCACAGUCACAGAGUCAUCUAUUAAACAGAGCUCCGAUUAUGAUCCUGAGCAUUGUGGAACAGGUGACAAACUUAAACAAAGGGAAUGGGAAGAUGAAGGUUGGGAACUUCAAGCCUAUAAUAACCACAACUGCCGAAAUUGCGGUAGCAGCCAUUCUGGUGGGAAAAGGACUGAUUGGUCAGAAACCAUAGAAGACCUUAAUCCAAGUAGCCAAUCAGAAUUAUUGGGAAGAGAUCAAAGUGUUGUGGGAAGUGAUCCUGGCCAUCUGGCUAGUCAACAGUCUCAGUUUUGUGGUAAACUGCAGUCAUCUUGUGAAAACAUGUUUCUCUCAGGGUCACAAACAGUGUCUGUGGAAAAUAUCUGUGUAUCCGUUAGCCAGCCAGAGCUAGUUAUUCCAGGACAAUCAGAAGACGAUGUACAGAGAUGUAGCACUUUGCCACACAUUGCUUCCAGAAGAAUCAGGGAAAAAGGACAAAACUGUGUAGAUGAUAAUGUUGUCUCUUAUCAAAGCUCCUUAGUUCUUCCUGUGCCAAUUGAAAUCCACAAGGUAACACUAUUUAAAGAUCAAGUGUAUGAAGACUUUGGUUUUAGUGUUUCUGAUGGACGCUACGAAAGGGGAGUUUAUGUCAAUAGGAUACGCCCAGCAGGACCUGCAAGCAUAAGUGGUAUUUUGAAACCAUUAGACAGGAUACUACAGGUGAACAACACCGAUACUAGUGACUUUGACUGUUGCCUAGCUGUUCCUUUGAUAGCUGCAGCGGGAGAUCGAAUAGAAAUCGUUUUGAGCAGACGAGCUUAUGAAAGCCAAAUGUCUCUAACAGGAAGUACUCAUGGGAAGGAAGGUACGCUCCAUCCCUGGAUGGAUGAGGGGGAUCGAGAAGACUGCUCAUCACCUCAGCUUCCACCAGAGGGUUCUGUACUGUUGACAAAGGCUCUUUGAUGUGAAUUCGAAUCUCAACUGAGAUGUUCUAAAAUUAUUAUGCCACUUCUUAUGAAAUGUUGCCCUCACAAUAAAACUGCCUUAAAGAAUCAUUCUCUUUGCAUGACAUUAGAUUAUCAGGAAGAUAAAAUGUUCUUCUGAAAUAUAUUUUAAGUAAAGCUAUUUAAUAAACAUAUUAAGACAUCUUGAGUUUCAAAUGUUACCUUACUGUGUUUCAUUUUGCUUUUAAAUUUGUCUGUAGAAGAGUUUGACGGAUUGUUUUGUUUGUGGUUCACCAUCUUACAAUAUGUGUUUUCUUAAACCUUUCGUAAUUAUUGUUACCGUUAAACAAAUGUUGCGAAAUAUAGCAUUCCAAUUUUUAAAAACUU